UCUGCUAUAAAUGGCGGUCAGAUCCAAAUGCUAUAGCAAUACAUAUCACUUCCAAAUACUCACACCAGAAAUUCCCACAAAUUGGAUUAGUUUGUAUUAUUACUCUUAAGCUUUGAUAAAGAUGAACAACAACAACAACAACAACAACAACACCGAAUCACGACCUCUGUACCCCACCUUAUACACAGUACCUGAAACAAAUCCUUUUCACGAAGAAGAAUCAUCACCCCCAUCUCAAAAAAAGCAAGAUACACAGCGUCAUGAAUUAGAUCCAUCAUCAUCCUCAUCUCCAAAAAAACAAGAUGCACAGCCUCAUGAAUUAGCUCCAUCAUCCUCAUCUCCACAACCGCGUGAUCAUGAAAAUGCAGAGAAAUGGGGUACUCAUGUCAUGGGGCAACCUGCUAUUCCCACAUGUCAUCCAGACAACAAGAAAGCAGCUUUAUGGGGUGCUGGUGAUGAAGCUCACAACCUCCAUCACCCUUACGUCCAGUUCGACCCAAUUGAAAAGUCAAGCAACAGCCCAAUGGAAUCCAUUCUCCAUAAGUUCAACUCUUGGAGCCGCAAGGCUGAAACCAUGGCCCACAACAUCUGGCACAACCUAAAAACCAACUCAUCUGUACAUGAGGCUGCGUGGGGAAAGAUGAACCUUACUGCUAAAGCAAUCACAGGAGGUGGGUUUGAAGCUUUCUACAAGCAGAUAUUCACUACCUAUCCAGAUGAGAAGCUGAAGAAGUCGUUUGCCUCUUAUCUUUCAACCUCAACUGGACCAGUUGCUGGAACUCUGUAUCUUUCCAAUAUUCAUGUAGCUUUCUGCAGUGACAGACCCUUGUCAUUCACUGCACCAUCUGGCCAGGAAACAUGGAGCUACUACAAGGUUAUUGUACCUUUGGGCAAGAUUGGCACCGUCAACCCUGUAACCAUGAAGGAUAAUCCAUCCGAAAAGUACAUCCAGAUUGUUACAGUUGAUGGGCAUGAUUUUUGGUUUAUGGGUUUCGUUAAUUAUGAUAAAGCAUCUAAGAAUCUCUCAGAAGGUAUCUCCAAUUUUGUAGUAUCUGGGAUAGCAGUAAAACCAGUGGAUGAAGGACAGAAAAGUGACUAUCAUUGCUGAAUUCUUCACUUUCCUUGAGGAAUUUCUCACUUGUGUACCUUUGUGUCUUUCUCUAGCGUGAAAGAGUACCGAUACUCAUUUCAGUAAUUUUUUUUUAUUUUCUUUUUGAUAAGAAGCAUUGGUUCAUAGAUUGUAAACUUUUUUGAAUAAGGACGUGCCUCUAUUGUCAUGCUUA